GUAGCUGGUGUCGUUUUGUGCUCGUUAUUUCUAUAAUCUUGUAGUCAAAGUAUUGGAAUCAACGCAUAUUUUCAACUUGAUUAGAUUGUAACAACUGGAAAUUAAGUUAAUAUAAAAAUUAUUGAAUUAAAGUCGGUUUUUAAUUGCAUAAAAUGGUCUAUAUAGCAACUUUGGAUGUAGGCACUACUAAAGUGCGCUGUUUCAUCAUAGAUGAUAGCUGUGAAGUUCUUGGUUCAUCCACUGAAUGGGUUGACUUGCUAAACCCCCAGCCGGGGUUCUUUGAAAUUGAACCGGAGUCGUUAUGGCGGAAAAUAGUCAGUGUUAUAAACAAUGCAGUUAUAGAUGCUCAAUUAAAACCCUGUGAUAUCACUUGUUUCGGCUUAUCAACACAACGCUGUACAUUCCUAACUUGGAACCAUGAGACGCAAGAGUACUAUCAUAAUUUUAUAACAUGGAAAGAUUUGCGUGCGAAUACAUUAGUAGACAAAUGGAACGCUGGAAUAGCUAUUAAGACAUUGAACACGUUUUCUUAUGUGCUUUACCUGUUAACGCGGAGCAAGCGAUUUUUAGCAGCGAGCGUUUUGAAAAUGAUGAAUGGGCAGGUAACUCUACGACUACUGCAUGAGCUGCAAAGCAACACUCGUCUGCAAGAAGCAUUGAAACAAAAAAAAGCACGUGUGGAACUAUUAGACUCUUGGAUACUCUACAAAUUACGGUCGGGAAAUGGUGCAAAGUCAAAUGUUGAUCAUAUCAGCGACAUAACUUCUGCCACUGCAACUGGUCUUUUCGAUCCAUUUACACUUAGCUGGUCCCCACUUACUAAGCUUCUAUUUGGAAUAGACACUUCUUUACUUCCGAAAGUUGUGGACGAUGGCUACAAAGAUUUCGGUUACAUACAUUCUGGUUCCUUAGGACCCGAUUGGUCUAACUGUCAUAUAUCUAUAAGUGCUUCCAUAAGUGAUCAAACCGCGGCGAUUUGGGGCUCGCAAUGCUUUGAGCGCGGCGAUGUGAAGAUCACCUUGGGAACUGGCGCUUUCCUCAACCUGGUCACUGGAAGUGAUUGCCAUGCAUCUUUAAUGGGAAUGUAUCCGCUGGUAGCUUGGCAAUUUAGAGACACUCAAGAACGUGCCCGAACAAUUUACUGUAUUGAAGGUGCAUCAUACGACAUGGGUACGGUGAUGGAAUGGGCUCAACGCUGCGGGCUCUUUGCCCAUCCCACAGACACGUCAGCCAUCGCGGAAUCAGUACCAAAUACGAAUGGCGUUUAUUUCAUACCAGCAUUUAGUGGUUUGGGACCGCCAAUAAAUGAUCAGAAAGCAGCUUCGGGUUUCAUUGGAAUCACCCCAUCCACGACACGUGCACAUUUAGUACGCGCCAUAUUGGAGAGCAUAGCAUUUCGAGUCGCUCAAUUAUGUGAAACAGUCAAAAGAGAAAGCAAAUACAAAUUAAAAUUGUUAAGAGUCGAUGGAGGAGUAUCGCGCAACGAUUUUGUUUGCCAACUUAUUGCAGAUGCUACAGGAGUAUGCGUUGAGCGCGCCGUCUUUGCGGAAUCCAGUAUAAUGGGUACAUCAUAUAUGGUGGGAUUUAAUAUUGGACUAUGGAACAGUUUUCACGAUUUGCAUAAGUUUCGCCAAAUUGAUCGUGCUUUUGAGCCACGUCCAGAGUUUUACUUAAGCAUUAGAGAAAGUUAUCUGGUUUGGAUGAAAGCAAUAGAACGUUUUGGUAAAUGGUAUUAGCAACUAGGAAUAAGUAGUAUUAAUAAAGUAAAUGUACCGCCUUUUGUGUGUAAUUUUUCAAGAUUACAUCUAAAGUGGUCAUAUAAUCUUUGGUAA